AUGCAAUCGGAAGCUUCAUUUAGAGAAAUUGCUGGAUUUCCUAAUGCCAUUGCAGCUGUUGAUGGUUGUCACAUACCGAUAAGUGCACCUGCUAAUGAUGCUGUCUAUUAUGUCAAUAGGAAGAACUUCCACUCUCUUUUAUUACAAGCAAUUUGUGAUUCAAAAAGGAGAUUUAUUGAUGUUUUUGCCGGUGUAUGUGGUAGUGUUCAUGACGCUCGUGUGUGGGAGAUGAGCGAUAUAAAAAUGGCUAUUGAAGAAGAUCAAGAUCGAUUUUGUCCACAGCAGACUCACAUUGUUGGAGAUUCUGCUUAUGGUUUAAGUGAAACCCUAAUGACACCUUUUCGCGAUAAUGGGCACUUGACACGUACAGAAAAAAACUAUAAUAUUGCUCACUCUCGCACGCGAGUUGUCAUAGAACGUUCAUUUGCUUUGUUAAAAGGUCGUUUUCGAAGAUUGAAGUACUUGUACUUACAAAAUGUAAUAUAUGGUCCUCUUAUAAUAGUAGCAUGUUGUGUUCUUCACAACAUCUGUUUAGAUUUUGAUGAUGAAAUGAAUGCUGAAAUUUUGGAAGAAGUAGAUGAUCUUGUAGAUGAUGAUGCAGUUAAACUUAAUGGGGAAAAUAAACAAAAUGUUGCUGUUUCUGUUGUAGACAAAAGAAAUAACAUUGCCGAAUUGUUGAUGCGAUUAUAA